AUGGCCCAAGAACCCAGCAAGAAUACUGAAACAGUCAAGUAUGCUGUUGUAACUGGUGCAAACAAAGGGAUUGGAUUUGAAAUAUGCAAGCAAUUGGCUUCCCAUGGGAUUAUGGUGGUAUUGACUGCAAGAGAUGAAAAGAGGGGUCUUGAAGCUGUUGAGAAACUUAAAGAAUUUGGUUUUUCUGAUAAUAUAAUCUUUCAUCAGCUUAAUGUUAUGGAUCCAGCAAGUAUCAAUUCUCUAGCUCAAUUCAUCGAAUCCCAGUUUCGAAGGCUCGAUAUCUUGGUGAAUAAUGCAGGGAUUGAGGGAGCCAUUAUGGAUGGCGAUGCUCUAAGAGCUUUGGGAGCUGCUGCUCUGCAAGGAGAGGCACAAGUUAAAUGGAAUGACAUGACUCAGACGUAUGACUUAGCGGUAAAAUGUUUGGAAACAAACUACUAUGGUGCAAAAAGAACUAAUGAGGCAUUGCUUCCCCUACUCCAGCAAUCUAAGUCACCGAGGAUUGUAAAUGUUUCAUCUUCAUUGGGAAAGUUAAAGAGUAUUCCCAGUGAGUGGGCUAAAAGUGUACUGAAUGAUGCUGAAAACCUUGCAGAAGAGAGUAUUGAUCACGUGUUGAAUGAGUUUCUGAAGGACUUCAAGGAAGGUUCCCUUGAAGCCAAAGGCUGGCCUCUUUUUUCGUCUUCAUACAUAGUGUCAAAAGCAGUCAUGAAUGCAUACACAAGGAUUCUGGCAAAGAAGUAUCCACAUUUUCGGAUCAACUGCGUGUCCCCUGGUUUUGUCAAAACAGACAUGACUUACAAUACCGGCAUAUUGACAGCUGAAGAAGGUGCAGAAGGUCCUGUAAUGGUGGCGCUGCUGCCUGAUGAUGGGCCUUCUGGCUUGUUCUUUGAGAGGAAGGAAGUGUCGUCUUUCUAG